AUGUUUAAAAGAUACUCUUUCCCUUUAGUUAAAUAUUACUGGCCAUUCUUUGCCACUGGUGCUGCUGUCUACUGGUUGGUUGGUAAGGCUGCCACUGCUUCCGCCAAUUCCGCUGAAUUCAUUAAUGAUCCAAGAAAUCCAAGAUUCCAAAGAGGUGAAAAGUUGGUUGAAUUGAAAAAUUAA